AUGCAACAAGGAUUCCUAAAAAAGUAUUAUCGAAUUGGUAAAACCAAUAGCAUAAGACAAGCCAUUACUAGUUUUGCUCAACUUGAUGGCGAGGAAUUUUAUGAGAGUUGGGCACGUUUGAAGGAAAUGCUUAGGAAGUGUCCCCAUCACGCAGUCCCUAGGUGGCAAUUAGUUCGUAGUUUCUAUGAUAGACUAACCGAGAGGCAUAGGAAUAUGGUAGACACCUCUUGUGGAGGAACAUUGAUGCACAAGGACAAGAAUAAGUUAUGGCAACUCUUCGAGACCUUAAGUGAAAAUUCAAUGCACCACAUUUCUGCGUCUAGAAUGCCUAUCUCAGGGCAGCCAUCCAAGAAGGGUGGCGUGUAUGAGGUGUCACGGUUAGAUGGCAUUAGUUCCAAGCUAGAGGGUAGAGAAGAGGAAAGUCUAUGUAGGGAUCAAGCCAAAGAGAGUGAGAGUGAGCCACUUGUAGAGUCAAGUGUUCAGAGACCAGGUAAGGAAAAAGUUGGGGAGAAUGAACCAUCCCCUGCAUCGUACAUACUGAGAGCACCCUUUCCUCAGUGCUUAAAGCCCCCAAAUGUUCCCACUACUAGGAAAAGCGCUAAGAUGGAGGAAAAGAUUGAGUUGUUUAAACAAGUGCAGAUUAACAUUCCACUCUUAGAUGCCAUUAAGCAAGUACCUACUUAUGCCAAAUUCCUCAAAGACUUGUGCACGCAAAAGAGGAAAAUGAAUCUCACACACCUAAGACUGUACAUUUACCAGAAAAUGUAAGUGCAGUUGUCUCAAACCGAGAAUGUUAAACCGGUCUAUGAAGCUCAAAGAAGGUUAAACCCGAACAUGAAGGAGGUGGUGAAGAAAGAAGUGAUCAAAUGGCUUGAUGCGGGUAUCAUCUACCCUAUAACCGAUAGCCAAUGGAUGAGUCCAACCCAUGUUAUAACUAAGAAGAGUGGCCUCAUCGUUGUUGAAAAUAAAAAAGGUGAGCGAAUUCCUACCUAUACUCCCACAGGAUGGAGAGUUUGCAUUGACUAUAGGAAGCUCAACCUAGCCACUAGGAAAGAUCAUUUCCCGCUCCCAUUUAUUGACCAAAUCCUAGAAAAACUUGUAGGGCAAGCUUUCUAUUGUUUUCUGGAUGGCUAUUCUGGAUAUAACCAAGUACCAGUUGCCCCCAAAGACCAGGAAAAGACCACGUUCACAUGUCCUUUUGGUACGUUUUCCUUUCGUCAUAUGCCCUUUGGGUUAUGCAAUGCACCGACAACGUUUCAAAGGUGCAUGUUAUCGAUAUUUUCUGACAUGGUGGGUCAAUUCCUUGAAGUCUUCAUGGAUGAUUUUUCUGUGUUUGCUGCCUCUUUUGAUGAUUGUCUUGAAAAACUUGAGUUGGUGUUGAAACGCUGUAAAGAGACAAAUCUUGUUCUUAGUUGGGAAAAGAGUCAUUUCAUGGUUCAAGAGGGAAUUGUCUUAGGUCAUUUAGUUUCCAAGGAGGGGAUAGCAGUGGAUAAGGCAAAGGUAGAGUUGAUUUCUCAACUAUCACCGCCUUCGUCAGUCAAACAAAUUAGAUAUUUCCUAGGCCAUGCAAGAUUUUAUAGGCGUUUCAUCCUGAAUUUUAGCAAGAUCUCCAAGCCUUUGUGUGAUUUGCUUACUAAAGAUGUGCCAUUUGUUUUUUUAGACUCUUGUAUGAUUGCCUUUACCAUUUUGAAGGAAGCGUUGACCACAGCACCCAUCAUGCAACCUCUUGAUUGGAACCUAACUUUUGAAGUGUUGUGUGAUGCAUUGGACUAUGCCAUUGGUGCAGUCCUUGGCCAACGGGAGAAUAAAAAGCCCGUUGUAAUCUAUUAUGCAAGCAAGACCCUCUCCAAUGCUCAAUGUAAUUACACCACUACGGAGAAAGAGUUGCUUGCAGUAGUGUUUUCCCUUGAUAAGUUCCGGUCUUAUCUUCUUGGGUCUAGGAUAGUUGUCUUUACAGACCAUGUUGCAGUUAGGUAUUUGUUAGCCAAGAAAGACACUAAGCCUAGACUAAUUCGAUGGAUUUUGUUGUUGUAAGAGUUUGAUCUAGAAAUCAAAGAUAAAAAGGGUAGCGAUAAUGUGGUCGUUGACCACUUGUCUAGACUCUUUACAGAGUAUGUCCCUAGUCAAUGUUUGAAUGAAUCUUUCCCAGAUGAGCAACUGUUUGCGAUAUCCUAAUCCAAAGCACCUUGGUAUGCCCAUAUAGUCAAUUACUUGGCCGUUGGACAAUUACCAUUAGGGUGGACCAAAACUUAGAAAGAUCAUUUCUUUGCAACCAUCAAGCAUUAUUUUUGGGAAGGCCUAGACCUUUUCAGGGUGUGUGCAAACCAAAUAGGUAGGAGAUGUGUUCCCGACCACAAGUUUGCCACACCUUAUGACCCUCAAACUAGUGGACAAUUGGAACGUGCUAAUAGGGAAAUUAAGACUAUCUUAGAGAAAAUGGUACGGCCCGAUCGUAAGGAUUGGUCAAUGUGUCUGAAUGAUGCACUUUGGGCCUAUCGAACUGCAUAUCGUACCCCUAUUGGCAUGUCCCCUUAUCGGUUAGUUUUUGGGAAAACAUGUCAUUUACUUGUAGAACUUGAACAUAGAGCAUAUUGGGCCACAAGGAAAUUCAAUUUUGAUAUGACCACGGCCAGUGACCAUAGGAAACUCCAACUUUUGGAGUUAGAUGAGCUAAGACACGAAGCUUAUGAGAACUCUUGUAUCUCUAAAGAGAAGACUAAAGCUUUUCACGGUAAACACAUUGUUAGGAAGUCAUUCUCUCCUAAUCAAAAAGUGUGGCUCUUUAACUCUAAGCUUCGCCUCUUUCCGGGGAAGCUUCGGUCACGAUGGUAUGACCCUUUUAUUUUUCUUAAUGUUUUCCCUCACGAAGCUGUUGAAAUCCGAAACCCAAAAACGGGACAAGUUUUUAAGGUGAAUGGCCAAAGACUUAAACUUUAUGCUGAUGGCAUUAAUGAUGGAGAGGUGAUUGAGGAGUGUUCUUUCUUAAAACCACAUUAG